UAUAGUAAUUAACGUACUCGUGCUAUUUAGUAUUUCACAAUGAUACUAAAGUUAAGUGUAUUUUUUAUUUUAUCGGUUUUUUCAAAUGCAGCUCCAGUUGCCGAGGAAUAUAACUUAAGCGUUAACGAAUUUCUGAACGAUGAUGAUAUGGAUUCAAGUACAGAUGCAGAAUUAGGAGAAUAUUUCGAAGGCGAUAUGGUGUUGUCUUCGGCGCAGUUGCGUUCUAUCCAAAACGCUGAUAUUGAACGUAAUGGCCUAAGAAACAAUUCCAAGCGAUGGCCUAACCGCACGGUUGUUUACCAUAUCGUUGAGGAUGAUUUUGGUGAAAAAGAAGUAAAGAUGAUUGAAGAGGCAAUGGCUGAUAUAGCUAAUAAAUCUUGCCUUACGUUUCGUUCAAGGAAAAAUAAUGAACACGCGGUUACUAUUCAGGGUUCGGAAAACGGAUGUUAUUCAAAUGUAGGUUUAAAUAUUGACGAGCACGAGUCGGGAGAAGAAGAGGAAGAAACACGUCAAGUGUUGAACUUAGCGAAGGGCUGCUUCAAGCACGGGACGGUCGUGCACGAGAUGCUCCACACUCUCGGCUUCUACCACAUGCAGAGCACAUACGACAGAGAUGAUUUUGUAGAAAUAGUGUGGGAAAAUAUUAAGUCAGGCGUGGAGCAUAAUUUCGCAAAGUAUACCGUCGACACAGUGACCGACUUUGGUGUACAGUACGACUACGACAGCGUGAUGCAUUAUCCAGAAACAGCAUUUACAAAAAACGGAAAUAAGACUAUAAUACCAUUGAAGGAAAACGUAAAAAUUGGACAGAGAAAAGGACUGUCGGAAAGAGAUAUUUUGAAACUCAAUAAAAUGUAUUGUGAAGAUGACGAGUCUAUUAGUUACAUGGUAUAGAAAAUAGUGAUUAAUUUAUAAAGAGUUUGUGUGCUUCAAGUAAGAGUGAUCUAUAUCAAAUAAUCAAUUAUAAAAUGUUACGGAACCCCGACGAUAAUUAACGAUGGAAUUAUAUGCAAUAAAAA